GCAAGUUGGAUGUGUUAAAUUUCGCGCUUCGGCAGUGUAUUUUAUAGUAAAAUUCGAUUGCAUUCAACUGCAAGUUACCUGAACUAAUUUAGAUUUGAUAACGAAUUGCGCUUGAUAAGAAAAGUGUCAUUAGCGAUAAAUUAAUUUAAAAAAAAAAUAAGCAUUUGUCGAACAGACAACAAUCUUAUGCAGUAUAUUAAAACAGUUGGAAAAAGUGAAACAUGACAACAAAUAGUAAUGUAGUGUUGAGUGUUCCGGUCGAAAAGGAAUCACCACUUAUAUUUUUUGUCAAUGGCAAGAAGGUCACCGAUGCAGAACCCGAUCCAGAAUGCACACUGCUCACAUAUUUGCGCGAUAAAUUACGUCUUUGUGGAACGAAACUAGGUUGCGGUGAGGGCGGCUGUGGUGCUUGUACUGUUAUGAUUUCACGCGUCGAUCGCGCUACAAACAGCAUCAAACAUUUGGCUGUCAACGCCUGCCUUAUGCCAGUGUGCGCCAUGCAUGGCUGCGCUGUCACCACCAUUGAGGGCAUCGGCAGCACCCGCACUCGUCUUCAUCCGGUUCAGGAGCGUAUAGCUAAAUCGCAUGGCAGCCAAUGUGGCUUUUGUACACCUGGCAUCGUUAUGUCCAUGUACGCAUUACUUCGAAGCAUGCCAUUGCCAUCGAUGAAAGAUCUUGAAGUCACAUUUCAGGGUAACCUUUGUCGCUGUACAGGCUACCGUCCCAUUUUGGAGGGUUACAAGACGUUUACUAAAGAGUUCAGCUGUAGUAUGGGUGACAAGUGCUGCAAGGUUAAUGGUAACAAAGGAUGUAAUGGAGCCGAGUCGGAGCAGAAUGGAGUGAAUGAUCAAUUGUUUGAGAAAAGUGAAUUUUUACCCUUUGAUCCUAGUCAAGAACCAAUUUUUCCACCAGAAUUGCAUUUAAAUCCACAAUUCGACGCUGUGAAUUUAGUUUUUACAGGCCCCCGGUCGACUUGGUAUCGGCCGGUGGAACUUUUGAACCUUCUGAAACUAAAGGCAGAACAUCCUCAUGGAAAAAUUAUCGUUGGCAACACCGAGGUUGGCGUUGAAAUGAAAUUUAAGCAAUUUCUUUAUCCGGUGCACAUUAAUCCCAUUAAGGUGCCAGAAUUAAAUGAAAUACGCGAACUUGACGAUAGUAUUUUAUUUGGUUCCGCCGUCACACUGAUGGACAUUGAAGAGCAUUUACGCGGUAGAACAGAGAAGUUGCCACGACACCAAACCCGCUUCUUCCGCUGUGCAGUGAAAAUGUUGCAUUACUUUGCAGGCAAACAAAUUCGCAAUGUAGCUUCAUUGGGUGGAAACAUUAUGACUGGAAGUCCUAUUUCCGACAUGAACCCUAUAUUGACGGUAGCUUGUGCCAAACUCAAGGUGUGCAGCUUGGUCGAUGGGAAAGUACAUACUCGCGAAGUUCGCAUGGGUCCAGGGUUCUUCACUGGCUACCGCAAAAAUACCAUUCUGCCUCACGAAGUCUUGGUGGCGAUCCAUUUUCCAAAGACCUCAAAAGAUCAAUACUUCGUGGCAUACAAACAGGCACGCAGAAGAGACGAUGACAUUGCCAUUGUAAAUGCAGCCAUAAAUGUGACCUUUGAACCGAACACUAAUAUAGUGCAGGAGAUUUUUAUGGCGUUUGGUGGUAUGGCGCCCACAACACUUAUGGCACCAGCCACAUCGAAAAUCAUGGUCAAGCAGAAGUGGGAUCGAGUAUUGGUCGAACGUGUCGCUGAAAGUUUAUGCGUCGAAUUACCUCUGGCGUCAUCUGCGCCCGGUGGAAUGAUCGCUUAUCGAAGAUCUUUGGUGGUCAGUCUAUUCUUUAAAGCGUUUUUAGCUAUUAGUCAAGAGUUAAUGCAAGCUGGCGUACUUGAAGCGAAUGUAAUACCGGAAAGGGAGUUGAGUGGAGCCGAAACCUUCCAUACACCGAUUUUAAAAAGUGCACAAAUUUUUGAAAGAGUACGCUCUGAGCAAUCGACAUGUGAUCCCAUAGGAAGGCCUAAGGUACACGCCUCUGCGCUGAAGCAGGCAACGGGGGAAGCUAUUUAUUGCGAUGAUAUUCCACGUCACGAAAACGAGUUGUAUCUUGCGCUGGUGCUGAGUACUAAAGCACACGCCAACAUCAUAUCCAUCGAUGCCACUGACGCCUUGAGGCAACCGGGAGUGCAUGCGUUCUUCUCCAGCAAAGAUUUAACCCAGCAUGAAAAUGAAGUUGGCACCGUUUUCCAUGACGAGGAAGUAUUUGCCUCAAAAAAGGUGAAUUGCCAGGGGCAGGUCGUUGGGGCCAUCGUGGCGGAUAAUCAAGUCUUGGCGCAGCGUGCGGCACGCCUAGUGCAUAUCAAGUACGAAGAAGUAUACCCAGUAAUAAUCACAAUUGAACAGGCAAUCGAACAUAAAUCGUACUUUCCGAAUUAUCCACAAUUCAACGAGAAGGGCAAUAUAGACAAAGCGCUUAAAGAAGCUGAUCACGUCUAUGAGGGCAGUUGUCGUAUGGGAGGUCAAGAGCAUUUCUACUUGGAGACAAAUGCGUGUGUGUCCACUCCUCGAGACAACGACGAAAUUGAAUUGUUUUGCUCCACACAAAAUCCUUCCGAGAUACAAAAGUUAGUAGCGCACGUACUUUCGCUGCCGUGUCAUAGAGUCGUCUGCCGUUCCAAACGUUUGGGUGGAGGAUUUGGUGGCAAAGAGUCCCGCUCGAUUAUCUUGGCGCUGCCAGUUGCAUUAGCUUCAUAUCGACUUGGACGACCAGUGCGUUGUAUGCUUGAUCGAGAUGAAGACAUGAUGACAACAGGUACACGCCAUCCGUUCCUCUUCAAAUACAAAGUGGGUUUUACUAAAGAAGGAUUGAUAACGGCAUGCAACAUUGAAUGUUAUGCUAAUGCCGGUUGGUCAAUGGAUCUCUCCUUUUCGGUUCUAGAGCGUGCUAUGAACCAUUUCGAAAACUGCUAUCGCAUUCCAAACAUUAAAGUUGGAGGUUGGGUCUGCAAAACGAAUUUGCCAUCCAAUACUGCAUUUAGAGGGUUUGGCGGUCCUCAAGGCAUGUUUGCUGCGGAGCAUUUAAUAAGAGAUGUGGCACGCAUAGUUGGAAAAGAUUAUAUAGAUGUUAUGAAAAUAAAUUUUUAUAAAACUGGUGAUAUUACUCACUACAAUCAACGAUUGGAGGAUUUCCCCAUUGAAAGGUGUAUGAAAGAUUGUCUAGAGCAGUCGAAAUUCCAUGAGAAGCGUGCACAAAUUGUAGAAUUUAAUAGAAAAAAUCGUUGGCGGAAACGUGGCAUCUCUCUCGUUCCCACCAAAUACGGCAUCGCAUUCGGUGCCAUGCAUUUAAACCAAGCCGGAGCUCUCAUUAACAUUUACGCUGAUGGUUCGGUGUUGCUCUCUCAUGGUGGUGUCGAGAUCGGUCAAGGUCUGCAUACCAAAAUGAUACAAUGCUGUGCCCGUGCAUUGGGUAUUCCAACGGAGCUUAUACAUAUUUCCGAAACAGCCACCGAUAAGGUACCCAAUACAUCACCAACAGCAGCCAGCGUGGGCUCGGAUAUAAAUGGCAUGGCUGUGCUGGAUGCUUGCGAGAAACUUAAUCGGCGUUUAAGGCCAAUUAAGGAGGCCCAUCCAAAUGCUAGCUGGCACGCAUGGAUCAACAAAGCUUAUUUUCAGCGUAUUAGUCUGUCCGCGAGUGGAUUUUAUAAAAUGCCGGAUGUUGGUGAUGAUCCAGCUAAAAAUCCGAAUGCGCGUACAUACAAUUACUACACGAACGGUGUUGGCGUAUCAGUGGUCGAAAUCGAUUGUCUAACCGGCGAUCAUCAAGUAUUGAGCACAGAUAUUGUAAUGGAUAUAGGAUCGAGCUUGAAUCCAGCAAUCGAUAUUGGCCAGAUUGAAGGUGCCUUCAUGCAAGGUUACGGUUUAUUUGUAUUGGAAGAGCUUAUCUAUUCCCCACAAGGGGCACUCUAUUCGCGUGGACCUGGAAUGUAUAAAUUGCCAGGAUUUGCCGAUAUACCGGGGGAAUUCAAUGUAAGCCUUUUAACGGGUGCACCUAAUCCACGAGCUGUUUACUCAUCAAAGGCUGUGGGAGAGCCACCAUUAUUUAUUGGCAGCACCGCCUUCUUUGCCAUUAAAGAGGCUAUAACGGCUGCUCGUGCCGAGCGUGGCCUGAGCGUUCAUUUUCAACUGGAAGCUCCAGCGACAGCUGCACGAAUUCGUAUGGCAUGUCAAGACGAAUUUACAGAAUUGAUUGAUCAGCCGCCAACAGAUGCACACAAGCCCUGGAAUGUUGUGCCGUAAAUUAUGAUAGAUGGAAUGUAACUAGGCAGAUUUGGAAAAAUCGCUUCAAGGAUGCACUUGUACACACUUUCGUAUUCAUGCAUAUGUACAUACAUACAUAUUUAGUAAUUUCAAUAGUACUUACUGUUUAUAG